AUGUCAAUAAUCAAAACUGUUUCUUUUAGUGAUGACUUGAAAAUAUUUGAAUAUGAACAAGUUGAUUUACCAUCACCUUCAUCGGAAUGUACAACAUUCAUCACAUCUCCAGGAAGUGUUCCUCCUCCUCCACCAUCAAAUCUUCCAAUUACUAAACAAUUGACAGCUUUGACACUUCCUCUAUUGCCAUCAAGUGAUGAUUUGGAGAAAAUUAUGAAGAAAUUAAAGAAACCAACCGAACAACAUAUUGUUGAUUUUAGAGAAAGAUAUGAAUUGGCAUUGAAAAGAGAUCAGGAAAAAUUAAAUCAAAAUAAUCAAAACUAA